AUGAUUAAUUUGCAAAUUUCCUGCUAUGAUAUUUCGCAGGUUUGUUCAGUCUCUAAUGAACAUAAUUUCGAACAACUAUGGGACGACCAAAACAGUAAACGUAAAAUUGGAUCAUCGGAUUCGUUUGUUGAAGAGCAUAGCGACCGUGUCCCUUUAACGUCCUGCAGUAAUAAUAAUCGGCCGACUGUCCCAUUUGCAGAAGGUAAAACUAUAAAUAAGUUAUCGGUAUCUAAGACGAAUUCGGUUUAUUUGAAAACACGAUGUAUUGUCUGUAGGCACGCAAUUAUCGAACUUCGGACAAGAAUUGUUUUUGAAUCUGACACGGUGCACCGAAGGUGAAGAAUGGAUCAAAGCGGACGCGAACACGUGCAAAGAAAUUCCAUGUUUAGAAUUUUUAAAAACACACGCGAUUGAAAUUGGACGUUUGCAUUUUGUUGUCAAAAACUACAUAAACUCCAUUCAAAAAAAUUGUAGUCGUGUUAUCAAAGCCCUGAGGUUUGAUUUAGAGACGGAAAUCGAUUCAUAUUAUGUGUACGUGAACAUAUGGGUAAGUAUAUAAAUAUAUAUAAUUAAUUAUUCCCAUCGAUUUUUGUGAUUUGAGAUUCUGAGUGGAAUGACGAAAAUACCAUAUAGUUACUUAAGUGAUUUGUUGUACAAUAUGAUAUGAUAUAAUAUGAAUGUGUUUUUAGUAACAGUGAGUACCGACAUAAACCGGUAUCGGUCGAUAUUGAGAUUAUCGCGGAAUAUCGGAUAUUGAGUUGUUUUUUUUUUUUAAUCGAUAUUUUCCAAAAAAAUUUCCAUAAUUUCUCUGGAACACAAAAAAAGGCAUUCAUUCCCAAGUGUUUGACACCCAUAUAGCUGACAAAUAAACCAGUUUUGUUGGUUAUUAAAAAUUUCCCCACUUCCCCCGACAUCCUGUUUGCCGAGACACGUAAAUCGGUUUCAUAAUUAUUUUAAAUUAAUAUUAUUGAUGUUGUUAUUAUUAUUAUAAGACAUUUUUUUUUCUCUGCCUCUCUUAGUUCUCUCUCAAUAAUCUCUCUUAAUCCUUUAAAACAUUCGUUGUUUUUCUCUUAGGUUAAAUUUACAUAAUGUACCUGUACAUUUAUUUGAAUAAGAUCUGCUCCCCCAGCACAACCUUUAGCUCAUGAGGGUACAGCAGUAUUGUAAACAAUAUUUACUUCUUAAAAUGUGUGUCUAUAAAAAUAUUAUUGUUACGAUAAAUUAUCACUAUAAUUAUUGUAUAGGUACUGGUUAUGAUACUUCUGUUAUCAUUGCAUAAAAUUAUUUAAGACAACUUUUUUGUUAAAAUAAUCUAACAGGUUAUUUUAGAUUCUGAGUGAAGCGAGGAUAUUUUUUAAGAACAAAAGUGAUUUGUGUUUGCUGCACAAACUGAUGUUUUAAUAUAACAUGAUUCUAAUCACCUUUAUCUUCAAAAAUUAUCAUUUUUAAAUUCAAUAUUCUAUAGGCUUGAAUGUAUUCUAUUAAAUAAACAUAAUUAUCAACACAAAAUCAAUAUUAUCUACAAUAUAGCCCAUAGAAAUAAUUUCAAUUUAAAUACUAUUAAAAAAAAUUCAUAAACGUAUUAAAGAAAAAAUAAUAUACAACUCAUUAAAUAAUGUUUUUAACUAUUCUAGUACGAAAUAUCAAAAUGAUAUGUCUAACGAAUUCGCUUAAAUUUCUAAACAAAUAGUGCAAAUAAUGUAAAAAUCUCUUUUUAAGACUAAUAAUAAUUUAACCAAACAUAUAAACAAUAAAACUAAAAACUUCACGAAUAUCCUCUUUUUUUUUUUUUUUUUUGAAAAUGCUGUUAUGUAUAAACUUAAUUGUAACUGUGAUACAUUUUAUAUAGGUAAGACAUAUAGAAAUUUUAAAAUAAGUUAUAAAGAACACAUUUCUGAAUUAAAAUUAAAAAAGACUAUAAUAAUAUUUUUUGCAACUUAAAAUAAUAAUACAAUACUAAAUUGGACUCCUGUAUUGAGUAUCGCGUCCAAAACAAUGAUAACUAUAUAAACAGUAAGGUACUAAAAAUAGUGUAUUUUUACAAUUUCAGUUGCACAAAAUACUUGACGUAUCGGAAAAUUAUGAUAGUUUCCUGCAUACUACAUUCCCCCCUUUAGACCAUAAUGUUUUAAUAAGGUUUCAAUAUCUCGCGGAAGUUGUAAAAGCCGCCAAAGACAAACACGGGUGCAAUUUAAUAUCGUCGGUGGUCCGUACAAGUAUCUGCGAAGUCAAAAGUACAAUUAUGAAUACGGUAAACUAUUCGAAUAAGUAAUUAUUAUAUUUAUUUUUAAGUAAAUGUAAUAAUAUAAUAAGUAGUUGACAGAAAUGUACUUCGGUAAUGUAUAGAAAUACCGGGGGGGGGGCUGUUUUUUAAAACUAGGAAAAUAAAAAUGUUUAAACCCAUUAUUAGGUAUUGGGGUCGGAUUUAUUCUAAAAAAUAUUUGCUAUCGUAUUUGUCAUACAACGGAACCACUGUCACGCUACUAGUUAAGACUGUAGACUUAUACAAAUAGCAAUAUUUUACUUCAUACAUACUUAUACUUGAAUACCUACACAUAUACUCGUAAAAAUAUUGAUUUGAAAUUCGUUCGUUAUUUAUUUCAUUGUGCUACAAGCAACUAUUAUCGUCUUUCACUAGUUGAUCCCCCCCCCUCUCCCCCCCUCCCGACUACAUAUAUGCGUUACGCGUGCAUAAAACAAAACAGAUCUUGCACACUUUUCGAUUUUAGAUCACAAAGCCCAUACAAAAAAUGAUUGUCGAUUGGAUGACCGGUGACGAAAUAGCGGAUAAAUACGACGAAUUUUUCAUAGUGGAAACACUGGAAACGUCGUCUGAAAACGAUUGGGAUAAUACUCACACAUUAAGGUUAAUUGGCGAAAAAUAAUUAGAUUAUUAUGCUUAACAAACGCUGAGCAAGCAUAUUACGAUAUUAUUAUCUAUUUUAAUUACUGUUAUCCGUGUUGCCGGUAGUUCGAAGAACACGUUGGAUUUUCUCGGUAAAUAUGAGUUGAAUAAUAUUUACGAAACGGGCAGAAAUAUGAGAUUCCUGUUAAAAUUGCUCGGUCCUAAGUCGAACAUUAAAAUCGAUAAACUCAGAAAAAACGUGAAGACGUUAAACGACGAAGGUACACGGUACACUGUGCACGCUGUACAGUCUGAAACGUUCACGGUGAGAAAUACGAAGUUAAUUAUGUAUGUUUCCAGACGGAUUUCUAAUUAUGUUGACCGACAAUAACAGUAAGACAUCGACAAUGUUAUCUGACGCGUACGCCGAGUCGUGUGCCGUGUUAAUGGAAGUUUUGAUAAAUAAUUACGAUCUGUUUCUACACUUUGAAGGGUUCCGGAACUACAUGUUAUUCGGCCGUGGGGAUUUUUACGCGUACAUUAUAUCCCAGUUAGAGUAAAUUAUUGUUGAGACUUUAUAUGCCCGUUUAAGAAUUUACAUAAAACAAUUUUAUACAGACGACAUUUCGGAAACGACGAGAUGCACAAUUAUCAGUUGCAAGAAAUUAUGAAAAACGCGUAUAGCUUGACGUCCGCCAAAAAUGACAAUAUGAAAUUGUUUAAGAACCUGAAGUAUAGUAUCGAUUCUACCGGUAAACUGAACUGGAAUAGUUUCAAAUUCGAAUACAUAACAGACGAGCCACUAGAACGGGUGCACAGCCGUAUAAUAACGGCAAAACCCUUUAAACGCUAAUAAUUGUGUGUAAUAUAUUUCAGAUAUUCGCCCCUUGUUUUAACUACUAUGACGAUAUUUUUGAGUUUUUAUGGAAAUUGAAAAAUAUCGAUUGGAGUACCAAGAAAAUUUGGAAUGAAAUAAAUCAUUUUUUAAAGGAAUCGUGCUACAAAAUCGGUAAUUAAAUAAUAUACAUAUUUCAAUUUGGAAAUAUAGCGAAAAUCCACACAAUGAUAUUCCGGUUUUUAUAAUACGGCGUAUUAGUUGUAGAACUUCAAAAUAUUUAGAAACGUACUUUUGAAGUUUCAACCGUUUAUAAAAUUAUACUGUCUAAUUGAAAUAAACCUAUGCAUUUUUAUAAAUUACAUAGCACAAUAACGUCGUUUUAAGUAUCAUAUUUUAUAACUGUAUUGUAUUUAAAGUAGGGAUGAUUUUAUUACAACUUUAGUUUUUUUAUACGAAAAAAAACCCUUGCAUAACAUUCUCCGAAUUUAAAAAUAAAAAGCCGACCCGGGAUAAUGGAUGACGGGUGCAGCCACCGUUAUAGGUAAUUUGAAUUACCUGUAAGCAACAAUAAACCAUUGCUAACGAAAAAACGAUUCUGAGCGGAGUUCAGCUCAUAGUUGUGCUUUGUAAACAAUAUAUAUCAUAUUAUAGUAAAAUAAUUAAAUAAAUAUUAUAUAUUUCCUUUAAUAAUAUUUAUUUAAUGUUGUACCGAUUUUCCAAUUUUCCCUACGUUUUUCUCGGCUGUCCCGUGUUUUUUCCCGGUUUGUUAUAAUUGCUGGAAAAACUUUUGAAGAAAUCGAAACAUGGUCCACCCAAAGUACCUUCUCAAUCAGAUUUCCUUUCAGAAAAAGUGCUAUCACUGUAAAUUAGAGCGAAAUUGCUGGUAGAAAAGUUGCGCACAGAUAAUAAAAAAAAAAAAAAUGUUCGCUCCCCUCAGAAUCUAAAAUAUUUAGGUACCAAAUAAUUUAAAAAAACAAAUAAAUUAUUCACAUACAACCCGCUUUUAACAUCGAUUUUUUCAUCGGAAUAAUAUUGUAAUGUUUUUUUCAUUUAUUAAAACUAUUUAUAAAAAAACAAUAAAAUAUAACUAGAUACAACCUAUACAGAAUUCACAAAAAUUAAAAAUAUCAUAAAACAAAGUUUUUAACUAUUCAUACAGAUUAUAGCUGCAUCCGAGUUCCGUCUCAAAUGUGAAAUUUGAAUUUACGGAUAAACUAGUUCUUCCGUCCCAGGUUUUUAAAACGGAUAUACUAAUUCUUUCGCAUGUAAUUUAUUUAGUUACACGAAUUCCGUCCCUUUUUGCAUUUUCUACACUAUAUUAAUAUACUAUAAAAUCUACUACAGUAAAAAUUUUAUGAUAUUUAGAAGUGAAGAUAAUAUCGCUUCGGUUAUCUCACUAAAUAAUCGAAUUUAAUAAUACUUUAAAACUUUCCAGUCAUUAUUUGUGCGUUUCCUUGACUGGUUUUAUUAUUUUGUAUUGUAUGUAUAUAGUAAUAUUGUAAUACUUUAGUUAACCUUCUUUUUAUUAGGGUCGGAAUCGGUUUAUAAUACUAUUUUCACCGAGGACGGAAUUGUUAUAGAAAAAGUAGUUGGGACGGAACUCAUAUGCAACCCAUAUUAUAGGUAUUGAACCGUUUCGUGCCUUUUCGGUCUUUCAUCCAUGUACCCGUUCAUGAAUAUACGUAUACAUAAUGUAUAAAACAAUAGCAAAAAAAAUAUGGGCAUACUUCGCGCGAUGGGUGGACCACUGUUGUAGGUGAGAAGUUGGGAAUGUAGGAUAUAAAGGGGAUUUAAUUUAUAUCUAUACGCAACGAUAAACAAUUGCUAAAAAAAAAAGAGAAAAAACGAAGUUCUGUUAUACGUGUUUUCAAAGAUAGUAAUAUUUACGAUUUUUGUUAAAAUUAGAUAUUCUUAAAAAAAAAAAAAAAAAUACUAAGUAUGCACAUUAUAAAUACAAUUUUUUUUUAACCACAAAGCACGUUUUAUAAUGAACCUACUAUUCAAUUUCCAUGCAUUGCUGUUUAGUUUAACAAUUGUAUCCAUAAAAUACUUAUCGAAUACAGAUUACGUAAAAAAAAACACACUAAAUUAAAAUGUCUUUAAAUAGUUCAAAAAGAGCACACAUUUUUCAAAAUUUGACUACGUUUAGAGAAAGCAAAUAUAAGUUUUCGUCCAAAUUUUAAAUCUCUACGAAUAUUUAGGGCUGAAUUACAACAAAAAAUAAAAUUGAAUUUAAUAAAAGCAUUAUUUUCGCAAAUUUGUCCAUUCUUUCUAAGUUUUUUUUUUUUUGGAUUUGCUUAAAAAAACUACAUGAUAAAUCAAAAAUAAUUUUUAUAUUCACCAACUAAACUAUCUAAUGCAACAACAAAAAUUUCUUAUCGUUUUUUAUUACUGGAGCAAAAUUUCUGGUAGAAAACAUAAGUUACAAAAAUGUAAUAUUAUGAAAUCCUAUUAUGCUUUAAAUAGUUGUCCGUUUAUUCUUAAGUUUUUCCUAAGUUCUUUCUUGAUUUUUCUGAUUAUUAUGAAAACCGCUUGGAAAAUCAAAAAAUUACCCGCUUAAUGUAUCAACCAGAUAAGAUUUUCUUUUGGAAAAAACCCUCCACUUGAUACAUUGGGGCAAGAAUUCUGAUAUAAAUUGUGUACACGGUAUAAAAAAACAUAAAUAAAUAAAUAAAUAUCAUUGGAAAAUCAAUACAUUCCUCGCUAUGCUCCGAAUCUAAAAUGCCGAUACUGGUGCCACUGGUGUAGGUGAAAAGUCGGGGAGGUAGGAUGCAUAAAUUAUACAUCAUGUUUUGAAAUGCGAUUAUUUUUACGGGUUUCUCUAAUUUUAGUUUUAAAAUGCUAUAAAAAAAAACUACUACAUUACUCCGAACUUUUUUUUUACCACUUAAUUCACCUAAUUAUAAAAGUCGUGUCAAAUAUUCAAGCCCUUCUUCGACAUUUUACUACGUCUAGAAAAGAUCAAUAUGAGUAUUAUUUAAACAUUUCAAGUUUCUGCAAUUUUUUAACCAAAUUACAAAAAAAAAAACAAAAUUGAAAAUAAUAAAACCUUUAAUACUGUAAACAUUCUCGUUUUUCCUAUAUUUCUCUGGUUUUUUUCCAUUGUUGACAGAAAAAAAAUGCACAUAGUAAAACCAAUACGCAUUCCUUGCUGUGCUCAAAAUCUAAAUGUCGUGAACUUAUAUAAGUUUAAUUACUUUUUACUUAUAUACCUACUAUUAUAGGUUCGGUUAAUUUACGCAUUGAAUCAGACAUUUUAAAUCAUCUCUCUCCCCAUCUUGAAGAUGUAAAUGUUAAUGACACUAAAAUAUUGGUGACUAUAAUAUUAUGUGUAGGCAAAGUACUGAAUUCCGUCCUGAGAAACAUACACGUGUUACUAUGGAGCAUGAUGAAAUGCGUAAGCGAAAUCCAAAAUUCCACGUUUGAAAUGAUCAAGGACGAAUGGGAACUGUUUGAAAAUCAAUUGUUCGGAGCCGCCAACGUUAAAACGAUAACAAAUGCUCAUACGUCGUCUUUGGAAUCGAUUAAAAAAUUUGCGGACGACGCGUCUGUGGUAAAUUGCAUAAACCCUUUAAUAAAUAAGAAUUAUUUUAUUGUUAUUAUUCAAAACCGUAUCAAAGUAUCUUUUUACUGGACUAUUUCGUUUGGGGGGGGGGGCAAAUGUUGAAAACUACAAAUUAUAACCGUGAAAAUUUUAAAAACCAAAUUAUUUAUCAAACUGAAAAUAUAUCAAUUAUAUUUUGAAUUUAUACAUUUAGCUUAUACCAACUGUUAUUCCCUCUGUCAAGUAGAUACCAUAAAACAUCAAUAUUAAAAGUUUUAAUACAGUUUGAAUAACAUUUUUCUUAUCUCUUUAACUUUUAAAGGUCCGAGUGCCAGCGCGUUUUUUUUUUACUCAAAAACAUGCGUUAUAGUCAUAUUUUACAAGGCAUCGUGUAUAAUCGUCCGAUUAUUGAUUAUUUUUUUUUUUGUUAAAUUAAGGAAGGCUUCCUAUACCUACUAUAGCACUGAAAUCCGUUUUCAAUAUUUUAUUCUCGAACCGUAAAAUAUGCCUUUAAAAAAAUUCAAUGCGUUGAUAAAUUAUUAUUUGAAAUCAAAUAAAAAUUCGGCAUGCAAUCGUGGCUCUACAAUGAUGUUUGUCAAUAAUCAAAAAUAAAUGGUAAAUGCAAAGUAUUGCAUUUAUAAUUAGUUAUCCUAAUUCCCGGAACAACGUCAUAGUCGUUCAUAAAAACGGCUUAUAAUAAUUUCCUGGAUUGGGGAUAGCACAUGUUAUUAGUGCAGUACUAUCAUUAUUACCGAACAAAUGAUUUUUUGAUGAAAUUAAAUUAUACUUUAUUCAGCGAUGUAAAAUAUUAUUUUGUUGAAUGUGAAACUUAAUUUUAAAAAUGUCAACCCCCGUCCAUCCAUAAACCCCUCUGUGUGCGCCACUGAUAUAGACUAUGUUGUACUAUAUCUAUGUCUUAUACUUAUCUAUACCAUUCUCGUAUAACACCCUGCAAUUGUUAUCGAUUUCAGUCUUUGGACGCGUUUGUGAAAUCGUUGCAAAAAAACGUCGAAAAGUUCACAGAGAUUUUUCAAUAUUUCGUGGACACGUUAAAAUCGUCUCACCGGGAAGAACCGAAGACCGGAUCAAACGACGGUGGCGUACACGUCGAAAAGAUAAACACGUGCAUGGGCAAUUUAAGAGCUAUUAAAAACGUGUACGAGGUAAGACGAAAUAAAAUUUUAAUAGGUAAAUUGAACAAAGUCUAAUUAACAGCCGUACCUACGGACGUAAUUAUAAUACUAAUCAACUAAUCAUUUUCGUAAUUUUCGAGAUUUAUCGUUUACGGCCUUCGAGCCCAUUCCGAAUGCGUAAAACGAAUAAUAUUGUACGUUUUAGUUAUUAUGACGCAAAGAAAAUAAUUAGGUAUACAAUAUUGCUACGAUAUUGUCUACCCUCGGGUAGACCUAUAGGUGACGAAAUGCGUUUUAUACUUUUGUCAAAUAUCCAGGCCCGGUCACACGAACGUUCUGUAACGAUUUACAGAACCAUCAGAAUACUUACAGGCCUAUAAACUACAUUGGUUGUGUUAUUUACAGGCCCGCGAGUGGCUGUGACUUACAGAACGAAUUCGUAUCUGUAACUUCUUACGGAACGAUUUGCGAAUGUUACGGUCGGUGUUAUCAAUGUCGUUGCCGACAUUUCUGACGGUUUUCGGUUUUUUAAAAACUUGCGUAUUGCAAAUCAUACAUUUCUGGUGAUAAAAUUAGACUACAAAUAAGCGGCGAGACAAAUAUUUCGGAAAAACUACAAGGAUGGGCGGUGUUAAUAUAGAUACACGGAGAAAUAAAUAUAUUUAUGUACUAUUAGAAAUUGACACCGACAGGUGCUAUUUAAAUCGUUAAUUUGGCGAUUUGUUGAUAUUUAAUAUCACGUGUAUUUUGUCGAAAUUUAUUUCACAAUUUCGAAAAAUUACAUUUUUAUUGUAAACUAAAUAUUAUAUUAAAUUAUUAAUUAUUGUAAUAUGAAAAUGGUAGACGAGUAUCAGACGAGCCAUCGCCGCCCGGGAUAGAUCUAACCCGCUUAUAGAGUACGAUGAUGUCGGUUUCAAACAAUGAUUCGGGCAGGCACUAAACACUGCCUACCUACUAACCUAAUAUCGAAAUAUUCUACAAUUCAUUCAUAGAUCUGUAUUACUAAUCUAUGAACUGAUUAGGUACACAGCCAAUACAAUGAUCAUUAUUUAGUCAUCCAGCAUUCUAGUACUGCUUGAAUUCGAUUUAUCACACCUAAAGCGUGCAAAGGUACUUUCAUCAGCUAUCAGGUUGUUCGGGGUUAUCAAAUAAAAAUACACCGUUUAAACUUUAAUUCAUCCGGUAAUUGCGCAGGUUAUAAUUAAUUUAAUAUUAAUUACAGAUUCACUACACGUUAUUUCGGGUAACACUGUUACGUGUUACAGAGUCCGAAAUCAGACACUUCGCAUAGCGUUUAGCAAUUAAGAGUCUUAAGGCUGUUCUAAAAAUCUAAAAGAUUUCGCAGUCGAUUUUUUUUUUUUUCCAGACACAACUCCACGCCGUUUUAUCGAAACUCGCGGUCAGCAAAACGCGACAUUUGGCAUCACUGGCCUCAAAGAUCGACUUUAACGGCUAUUAUUCGUCAUUCGGUGUGUAUACAUAUACACCUAGGGGAUGGUGGGAAGAAUGUUGGAGGGGACUUUUUUUAUUUUGUUUUAAUACGAUACCAAAAUAUGUUAACAUUAUAUAAUUACUAAAACAAUUUUUACAGACGAUUGUAUCUAUCGAGCCGUACCCAUUGCACUUAUUGAAUGACAUUCACCUCAGCUUUCCGUGUGAUGUGCACCCACGACGUGUUGUUCGCAAUUAUAAUAAUAUGUAGUAUAAAUUGUGUUAAAAAUUGUAUUUUGCACCCAGUAUUUCGUUUCCACAUUUUUUUAUAAUUGUAUUGUUCAUUUUUUUUUUUUUUAUUUUCCCGUCAGUUUCCAAGUCUGAUAAAUAAAACCGAUAUUAUAGUUCGAUAUUCCUGGUGAAGCGUAUUUUUAUUCAUCAGUUUAUAAUCUAGUAGGGUGGCCAUAAUUCAAAAAAUAAGAAUCAAAACAAAAUAAUUUCAGCAAUACGAGUACAUUCAAAAUAAUAUUUAUUAGUAAUUAUAGUUUUUUUUUUUCUUAAUUUUUCAUAAUUAUGCGUAUAUAUCAACUAUUUUAAAUAAACUCGUACACCUUAGAUCAGCGAUUCCCAAAGUAUGUUCCGUGGAACAAUCACAAGGGUUCCGCCAGAUGUACGUGCAUAUCGAGUAAAUGAUUUUGUAUUAAACUUCGAAAAAAAAUAAAAGCAUAUAAAACACAGGAAAAAACACUAUCGAACAUUUGGAAAACCUCGAAAAAUCAUUAUCUCAGUACAUUCCCGAUAAUUAUAAUGACAUUGAUUUGGUACAAAAUCUUUUUGUGGACAAAAAAAAAAAAAAACCUGCCAUGUUAUCCGUGUUUGAAUUUGAAAACCUUAUUGAAAUUAAGAGUAUGUCUUCCAUAAAACAUAAAUUUGAAUCCGGAUCUUCAAAACGAGUUUUGGAUUGGACUUAA